GUUCUACGAAAGAAGGAUGUCUACACCAACAUCACCCCGAUCCCCUCCCACAUUCCCCGCCAACUCGCCAUCGACAUCCUCCACUCCCACAGCGAGAUCAUCACCCUCAACCCGCUCGUCACCGGCCACCAGCCAACCAAGCCCCCCCGCAAUGCCGAAGCCGAUGAGUUCUACGCCACCUGGUACGAGAUCGCCGAGCGCGUGCAGUUCGUGCCCGGCCUCGGGAAGAUGGGCUCUGGCCAGAUCACCUUCAAGGGGUGCUUCCACGACAUGCCGUGGGGCCUGCAAACCCACAUCCUUGCUCCCAUGAGCGUCGACCUACGCAACAAUUGGCGCAUCGCAGGCACCCAGCCGGGCGAGCCGUCGCAGACGCGCGAGAUGGGCAUCGGCGCGCCGGCGGAGGGGCUGUAUCUGCGGGAGGACAUCGAGAUCCGGUGUAACAUCACGCUGGUGUCGUUCGUCAAGGCGCAGCUGAAGGCGGCGUCGAAGGUGCUGGUGGACCGGCUGGUGAAGAAGGCGGAGCUGAUCGACUCGGGCACGCUGAUCGCGAUGAUGGAGAACGGGAAACUGAAAACCAUCAAUCCCGCCGACCGAUCCGAUACCGCCGGGCCAAUGUCGCCAGUCAUCGCCGCCGCGACCUUGCAAUCGCCGCGUCUACAGUACCAACGCCCGCAGCAAAACAUCCUCUCCCAACACCCCCCAGACCAGCAUUACGCCCAAUACCCCGACUAUAAACCCGUCCCCCCAGUCAUCCAACCCAUGGAACUCCCCGGCGACUACCCGCACCCCUCCCCUGCCUCCCUCGACACCCCGAAACCCUCCCCCGGCCACCCACGCCACUCCGCACAGCUCUCCGAAUACUCCCACGGCUCGCCCGACCCGCAAUGGGCGGACCCACACAGCCAGGGCAGCUCGCGCCCGACGUCGUAUUCGUCGGACACGAGCGGGUUCCGGUCGCCGGGGCUACCUGGGGAUCAUAAGGGGUACGCGGCGGAAUUGCCGGCAGUGGGGGAGGCGAGGGAAGAG